CACCCACAAUCGACUACGUCACCAAAUACGGAAAUGAAGGAUUAAAGGAGUAAACAAAAAUCUCUUGGUUGAGAAGCAGAAUAACUUCGGACAAGGUCAAAUGUGCUUGGAAGAGUGUUUAACCUUGCUCUUAGCCUGUUUUAUUUCAUAAAAUGGACCCACCAAGGCGCUUGCAAGUGUAUUGUGCACACUAGCCUAUGAGAACACAUUGCUGAUUGUAUUUAAACAGAGGCGCUUGUUUAACUUGUGACACGUGUUUGCAGUGGGCCUGCACAUAAAUGGAAGCUCCAGUCACACCUCCAUUGCCCCCCAACUCAUCCCUGUCUCCCCCUAUCCCUCUGCAUCCAGCAGUUGCCCCGUCAGUAGAGCUUGGAAUCACCAUACUGUACACUGUUCUGUAUGGAAGCCUCUUUCUGGUAGUAUAUGCCCAGCUCUGGCUCCUUUUACUUUACCGACACAAGCGGUGGAGCUACCAGAGUGUUUUCUUGUUUUUAUGCCUACUUUGGGCUGCCCUUCGUACCACUCUGUUCUCCUUUUACUUCUGCAAUGCCCUGGAGGCCAACCACCUGCCCACGCCCAUCUAUUGGCUGCUCUACUGCUUCCCUGUGUGCCUGCAGUUCUUCACCCUCAGCCUCAUUAAUCUCUACUUCACUCAGGUGUUACUGAAAGUGAGAGAAAAGUACAGCUCAGAGCCUGGUAAAGAACUGUGUUUGGCACGCUGUAUGUACGCCACGUUAAGCGUCUUGUUCUUGUGUGUCAACGUGGUGUGUGCUGUUCUCGGCCAGCGUGGGGAAGAUGGAGGCCGGACAUGGAGUUUGGUUCUGGUCCGGGUCCUGGUCAACGACCUUCUCUUCAUCCUUGAGGCGAUAUGCCUCGCCGGCCUGUUGCUUGUUCUGGCUCGCCGGUCACCUACCACCAACCUUUACCUACACAGUAAGGGUACGACACUGUGUCGUACGGCAGUGCUGGGAGCAGGUGUUAUCCUGCUAUUCUCCAGUAGGGCCUGUUACAACCUGGCUGUCCUUAUGCUGUCACACAGCUGCAGAGUGGAGUCGUUCGACUUUGACUGGUACAACAUCUCUGACCAGGCUGACCUUCGUAGUGAAUUAGGGGACCGUGGCUACCUGGCUUUUGGGGCCAUUCUCUUCAUAUGGGAGCUGCUCCCCACCAGCCUGCUCAUCCUUAUCUUCAGGGUUCGACGGCCACCUCAGGAAGCGGUUAGCAGCAUCGUCAUCAAUAACAGACUUCCCCGCCCGUACUUCUUUGAUGAUCCACAGGGAGUGGACGGGGAAUCGCCUGUUCCAUGGGCCCACAGCGCCCAGCCACACACAGGUUGGUAUGGAUCGAAGGAGACAACUCCACUUCUCUUUGCCAGCAACACAGCCGAAAAUGACCAGCACCACUCUUUCUACUCCACCCCUCAGAACUGAUUCAUUACUUUGGGGGUGGAGGGGGAAGGAGAAGUGGUUGUGAGCCGCUGAAGGGAAAUACAGGAGGCUUGUCACCAUCCAUUGGACCAUCGUGUCUUUGCACUGAAAA